UUGUUUGUUGUCAGUCGACGCGCGUUCAUCUCGUUUCAUCCGCCCCGUGCGUUCGGUCCGUUUUUCUGUGAUGUGGAAUUAAAUUAUUUGUUAUUUAUUUGUUUUUGUGUGUGCAAUAGUGUUGGUUCUAGUGGAUGUGUGUGUGUCUUUGAAAAAUGCCUCAAAAUGCAGCAAACGCAAUGGAAUAAGGACAAGCCGGAGGAUAGGAACAACAACAGCAGCAAGAGGGAUCAGAACAGCGGCUGUCAUCAGCGUCUCUUCCUGAGUAUUGCAAAGGCUGUGAAACAAUUCAUUGAUCUCUGCAACAGCCUGGGUGUUAACUGCACCACGACGACAGCCACAUCCCCGUCAGCUUCCACCUCCUCAGCCAGCAGCACGCAGAACUUAAUAGCAGCUGUGCCGCCACAGUCGCAGUUCCAGGUGCAAUUAGCAGCGCCAGGAGGAGGAGAAAGUGGAGGAGGUGGGGGAGCGGCGCCUGUGAGGCGCCACAUCUCACAUACGACAGCAGUCAAGUUUCUGUACGCCCGUAAGUUCGACAUACCGCGAGCAGUCUCCCUGUACGAGCAACAUGAGCAGAUCCGCCAAAAGGAGUAUCUCUAUAACAUCGAUCCGGAUGUGGAGCCCCUGCGCUCCGAGCUGCAGACCGGCAAGUUCACAAUCCUGCCCGCACGCACCUCAAGUGGAGCCGCCAUCGCCCUCUUCACCGCCAACCGACAUAGUCCGCUAAGCGCUUCGCACACGACUACGCUGCAGGGCAUCGUCUACCAGCUGGACAGUGCGCUUCAGGACUCGGAGACGCAGCGCGCCGGUCUCGUCUUUAUCUACGACAUGAGCGGCUCGAAGUAUUCCAACUUUGACUAUGACCUAUCCCAGAAGAUUCUCACGCUACUUAAGGGCGGCUAUCCGGCGCGUCUGAAGAAGGUCUUGAUCGUGACGGCGCCGCUGUGGUUCAAGGCCCCCUUCAAGAUCCUGCGUUUGUUUGUGCGCGAGAAGCUGCGCGAGCGAGUGUUCACUGUAUCGGUGCCACAGUUGGCGUUGCACGUGCCGCGCAAGGCGCUGCCCAUUCAUCUGGGUGGCACGCUGGAGGUCGAUCACGCCACAUGGUUGCUCAGCUGCCGCCAAUCGAUGACGAAUCGUGAGGACGAGCUGCUGGCCAAUAUCGUGGGUGUGGGAGGAUCCGGUGGUUCUGCAACUGGAUCGGCAGUGGCCACCAAUGGCACGGAAAUAGAGGCCGCCACAACAGGGGCCACGAUAAUCAGCGCCGUCCACCAGCUGGGCGAUAACAAUACCACCGUGGUGACGGUCAGCAAUGGCGUGGGUCCAGCUGGAUCUUCAGUGGGAUCAGGAGGAGCAGCUGCCGCCGCGACAGCUGUGAGCUGUGGUGUCGAGCCCAACGAAAACAUCACAAUCAACGGACUGAGUCCCAGCCACCGGAGCAGCAGCAGUACGGCCACGUCGGCCAAUCCCCUCAAGCUCAACACGAGUGGUUCGGCGGAUAACAACAGCAGCAGCAACAACACAACCACCACCACCAACAACGCCACCACAGUUGCAGGAGCAGCUGGAGCAGCAGCAGCUGCUGGCACCACCACCACCAACGGAGGCGGCGAAUUCUGGUCAGAGAAUCCGCCCAGCAGCGCUUCGUCCGGCUUCAGCGACGACGACAGUCUGGCCGGUCAGGAGGGAGAUCCCAAGCCCAUCGAUCAGAUUGUGCAGAUGGUAAAGCAACGCGGACGGCAUGGGCUGAUCAAAGAAUAUGCGGACAUCCGGAAUAGGGCGCCCGAGGGCACCUUCCUGCAUGCGAGGAUGCGAUCCAAUCUGACCAAGAAUCGCUACACAGACGUCCUCUGCUACGAUCACAGUCGAGUGGUGCUGGCAAACGAAGACGGCGAAGAGCCGUCGGAUUACAUAAAUGCGAAUUUCGUCGAUGGCUACAAACAAAAGAAUGCCUAUAUUUCAACUCAAGGUCCAUUACCAAAGACAUCCCAGGACUUUUGGCGCAUGAUCUGGGAGCAACAUUGUUUAGUUAUAGUAAUGACGACGCGCGUAAUGGAGCGCGGACGCGUGAAAUGCGGCCAGUACUGGGAGCCGACUGAAGAAAGUUCCUUAGAGUUUGGCGACUACCAUGUGCGAACAAUUAGCGUUGAGUGCAACGAGGACUAUAUGGUUGCCUCGUUGGAAUUGAGAAAUAUAAAGACUGACGAAAUUCGCAAUGUCUCACAUUGGCAGUUCACCAGCUGGCCGGACUACGGCGUUCCCAGCUCGGCCAUGGCCAUGCUGAACUUCCUGCAAAAGGUGCGGGAAAAGCAGGCGCAGCUCGUCAACGGACUGGGCGACACCUGGGCGGGCCACGCCCGCGGACCGCCCAUCGUGGUGCACUGCAGUGCAGGCAUUGGACGCACAGGCACAUUCAUCACUCUGGACAUUUGCAUAUCGCGCCUGGAGGAUGUGGGCACGGCGGACAUACGCGGCACCGUGGAGAAGAUCCGGUCACAGCGCGCCUACUCCAUCCAGAUGCCGGAUCAGUAUGUGUUCUGCCACCUGGCCCUCAUCGAGUACGCCUAUUCGCGCGGAAUGCUGCAGACUGUCGAUCUGGCCGGCUUCGAUGAGCGCGAACAGGACUCGGAGUAGGCCUAACAGCUAGACGGAACGGAACGGAGCAGAACAGAAAAGAACAGAGAAGGGGGAACCGGACGAGAAAACAAAUUGUAUACAGAAUAGUUUUAUGUUUUACCUUUGCAAAUUGGAGUUGUAACUUUUUUCGACUAGAUGUUCGUCCUGAAAUGAUGUGUUAUAUGAAUAUAUGAUACGAGAGAACCGAUGGGAAACACAGAUAGGAUUCCGAGAUACGGACGAGAGAUAUGGAAGUGUAGAGAGUAGAGUAACCAAUUUACGUUAAUCUAUUAUUUUUUUUUAAAUAUUAUUACAUACCAUGCUAUAGUUGUAUAGCAAAAACAUCUAUAUAUAAACAUUAUUUAAAUUAAAUUUAAACUAAAUGAAAAACAAAUAGCUAAAAAUAAAGAAGAAACAAAAACAAAACCAGCAGCAUUAGCAAACGAGCGACAAGCGAAACAAAAGCAAAACAAAUAAAUUAACAGCGAAGAGUGUUUAACCAUGACAAAGUUAACUAGAGUCCGAUUAAGAACGGAGUACAACGAAGGCAUAGGAUGAGAAUGAGGAUGAGGACGAGCGGGACUGGAAGUCACUCCAGGCGAGCAAAGCAAACGAACCGUCCGACGGAGAGUCAGGAUCAGAGGCGGACCCGAGGAGCGGACAAUUCUUGUGCAUUUUCCCCAUCUUAACCCCAAGUAAUCAAGGAGCAGCGAGCUGCGAAUUUCCUACAAACAACUACAUUACAUAACUUAUAUAGCAUAUGCCUAGAUCUACGUACCGCAUAUAGGAAUAUGUAUAACGAAUAUAUAAAUACCAGAAGAAAUCAGAAAUCAGAUUUAAGCACUGUUCAAUGUUGUUGCAUACGAAAAUAGCCCAAAGAAAGAGAGUCAUCUUUACCAGCCUGCCCUCCUGGCCGCAUCUUCUCCAGAUGUGACCGAAACUGAAGCCCGAAAACCCCCACCCCCUAAAAACUCUCUUCGCCUCCAAGCUGUGUUGAAUGUGAAUUUUUUGUUGUUAUUUUUGUACCCUUUUUUUCUAAUUCUUUACAAAUAUUUACAUAUAGAGCGAAAUUAAAUGCAUCAUGCAGAGAGUCAAGUAGUAAAUUUUACUAAAAAUUAUUUUACCAACUAAACAUAAAUAGUUGAAAGCUCAGAAAAAGCGAGUAUAUAAAGAAAAAAAAAUAAGAAACUUAUAUCUAACAUGCCUUCUUUCCUACAUUUUUCAUAUGCCAAGCGAAUCUAAAAGGUAUAAUAAUCGUAAUGAAAAUAAAUGAAGGAAAACCAAAACAUAUUUUGUAUUACUUUUUUAAAUAACAAAAAGAUCUAUAUGAAAUAAUGAAUAAAGUCAAGAAUGGCAGCUUUCUCGAACAGAAGUAAACUGAAAAUGAAAA